AUGAAAGCAUCGUUCGUUGAGGCGUAUACUUUGUCCCCAGCUCGGAUGUGGAUGGGCUGCGCGAUAUUCUGCCGUCGCGCCGCCGGCGGCGGUUUCUACGCGCCCCGAGUGGAGCUCAACGCGGCCGGCCUCGACCCCUACUUCCCCGACGGGACCUGGUGCCACAACGACGGCGCGACCGACUACUUCUGCCUACAGCAUCACUGCCUGCCCGAGAACUUCAAGAUGACGCCGCAAUGGCACGUGUGGGACCUGCCGAGCCAAGAUAUCGGGGGGCCUUUCAACGCUAGAGCGCGCUCCGUUGAUGACGGUUCCGAGGCGGCCAUCCGCUCCUAUCUGUCCCUGGACGAGGCUGGGACACCCCUAGCGCGGGCCGCACUGCCCCCCCACAUGCCGGAGGAACCGGAACACAACUGGGAAGUCGUCGACUACGUUGAGAUAAACAACCGAACCGACUCCGUAAUGGUC